AUAAGCUCCGCCUCGCUGCAGCUGCGCCUCACUCCAUCCGCUCUCGCCGUCUGCGCUAGCUCUUGCAUCAAAGAAACAAAGCUUUACUACUAAUCAAUUUCUUCUGAUCACCUUCUUGUCGAUCUUGCGCUGCGCCGGCCAUUCUUGCACUGCAUAGCUGCAUAGGUUAAUUUGGUGUGAGGAAGAUUGAUUGGUUAGCUGGAGGUGAUGGAGAGCGUGGAGGGCAAUGGAGGAGGGCGGCUGGUGGUGACCGAGCUGAGCCACAUCAAGGAGCUGGUGAAGCAGCUGGAGGGCCACCUGGGCGGCUCUCCGGCCCUCUGCAAGCACCUCACCUCGGAGAUCUUCUCCGUCACCGAGCGGUCCAUCGGCAUGAUCAGGUCCGGCCACUUCCACGGCCACCACCGCAAGCGCGCCGCCGCCGCCGCCGGCGACCUCGGGUCGGCGACGCCCAGCCCCCUCAGCGACGUCUCCGACUUGCCUUUCAAGGCUUCCAAGAAGAGGAAGACGAUGGAGAAGAAGAAGCAUCAGAUUAGGGUGAGCUCGACGGGAGGGGUGGAGAACCUACCGGUGGAUGAUGGCCAUAGCUGGAGAAAGUAUGGGCAGAAAGAGAUUCUUGGAGCCAAGCACCCAAGGGGUUACUACCGUUGCACGCACCGCAACUCGCAGGGAUGCAUGGCGACGAAGCAGGUGCAGCGCACCGACGAGGACGCGACGCUAUUCGACGUGAUCUACCACGGCGACCACACGUGCGUCCAGAAGGCGGUGGCCGCCGUCGCCGGCAAGCCGGAGCCGGAGAUGGACGCCCAGAGCCGCCUCCAUGACUUGAUCAGCACGGGCCCGACGGUGAAGACGGAGCUGCCGCCGCAGCAGGGCAGAAGCUGGGCAGCCGUGCCGCCGUUCGGCCUCUCCUCGCCGGUGAGCGGCCUGGCGCCGCCGGAGCGCAACCCGUACUUCUCCACGCCGUCGACGCCGGAGAACUUCCCCGUGGUGUCGUCCGCCUCGCCGGCGACCUCGGACUCGAACCACCCCUCCGUCGCCGCGCCGUUCCAGGUGACCGGCGCCGACGCGCUGUGGCGGGGCGCCGAGCUCCAAGAAAUGGUGUCGGCGCUCGUCGCCGCCACGGCCACCGACACCGAGCCGGCGCAAGCCAUGGACGCCGACGACCUCUCCGUCGACGGCUUCGAGUUCGACCCCGGAUUCACCACCAUUGACAUCACCAGCUUCUUCGUAUGAGACAGAUCAAUGCAAACCCAACCCAAUCCAGCUGAUCAUGAACACUAGAGAAGCAGUUGGCGUGACCACCCCUCUGUUCUUGGCCGUAGCCAUCGAAGAACAGAGGAGGGAAGAGUAGAAGCUUUUCUUCCUGGGUCAGUAGAUGAGAAGCCCUUAAUUUUUCCUUCUUUUUUCCCCGAUCAGAGUGCUCCAUUCUAUUAUUAUUAGUAUAGAUUAUUACUGUUACUGUUACUAUUGAUUUACCUCGAGGAAAAUAAGAUCCUGAUCUUGUGUUCUGAGCAACCAGAGAAUAUAAUUUGUCAGCAGUUUCUGGGGUUGUUUAGCCCACGCCACAUCGGAUG